CGAAAGAAGAGGUUAUGUUUGGUGGCGCUGUCACUCCUGUUAUUGUUUGGCUGUUGGAAUUUUCUCAAAAAUAAGGCGCAUUUGCGGUGGUGAAAUGGAAAGCACCCCAAAUAGGCAAGAUGGCGGAGUUUCAAUGUCCCGGUCAGGGCGGCUUCUCAAGAAGUCCAGCAAAUUGGCAGAUUUCCAGUCACCAGACGACCUGGAUGCUCGAUCGAAGAGGACGUCUUCGCACAAAUCAGUUAAAUCUCAUCAUGCGGUGCACAAGGCUGAGCCUCUGGACAGUCCAAUGGCGCAAACCUUCGCGGCCAUCAAGAGCGAAAUGUUUCCGGACGCGGAUCAGGAGUCGCCGGACGUGAGUGGGAACACGUCGAAGGAAUCAAUGGAGGUGGAGAGAUCAUACGAAAUGCCAGAGAACUAUCAAGACUCGGCUCCGUCCAAGAGUAUCUACAUGACAGAAAAGUCCACAAAGAAGAAAGUGAUGAAAGACGGGCGAUUGGUGUUGACCAAGGCGCAGCGGAAGGACAAAGGUAAGUCGAGAUACACAGCUUACAUGUUAUGGGCAAAAGAUAUCCGCCAGGAACUGUUGUAUUCACAUCCGGCACUUGACUUUGCCACCAUCUCUCGUCGUCUGGGCGAAAUGUGGGCCAAUGUGCCGAGUAAUGUGAAGUUCAACUGGCGCCGGAAGGCUAAGAGGCUCUCCGCCAAGGGAGCUAAGCCAGAUAAAAGUGUUCUGGCGUAUAAACGAGCCAACUCUAAAUUCCUCAAUAAAAACUCCCCAGCACUGACAAAGGGAGCCUCCAAUGCCGCCAAAACACUGCUCAGAAUGACACACAAGGACAGUGAAUCGGACAAGAGUCCACCAAUGAACACCCUGGUGAAAGCCAGCGCCACGCCGCACGUCUACAGAGUCAACACCUCCCAUCCCGUCGACGUGGCGGCGCACCUGAAACUGCUGGGCGACAACCUCACCAUCAUUGGGCAGCGCCUGAAGGAGCACGAAGGACAAAUCGCCGUGUCCGGCAGCCUGUCGGUGCUCCUGGACAGUCUCCUGUGCUCCCUGGGGCCCCUCAUGUGUCUCACCGUGCACAUUCCCGGCAUCAGCGAUCGCCUGGAUGGGCUGAAAGACACGCUGCACAAUACGCUCGACAACAUCGCCUACGUCAUGCCCGGACUCUAGAGUCUCCAGACUGAGAGAGAAAGCGUCUUUUCCCGUUUGCGCGCCAUUGAGAUGAGAGAGAUGAAGUAAAAUGUACUUUAUUAGUUAGAUUCGUGAUUAAAACCAUGUGAGAAAAUCUUGAAUUUGCGAUUUCAUCCGUGACUAGCAAGACUGUAGAGAGAAAAAAUGCCUUUUUUGUCGUUCAAUUUGGAAUAUCACUACGUUUCAUGAACCUUUUCAAGGGGUUUUCUUCGUUCUUGGAAUACUUUUACGAACUGGAGGAAUCAAGCAGGUUAUCAAUAUAGGUAAAACUUGAACGUAAACUAACGAAUUUAGGGCCUUUCGCCGAAAUGUUCCAUUGGAAUGAGUCAAGAAUCAAAGGCUAGUCUAUGCUUAGGCACUAAAUAUUGCGAAACUUACAUCUACAUUCUAUCCACUAAUAUCAUCUCCUAGGCUGAGGCAACAAUGCGUCCCUCU